UUUCCAACAUCUAAAUGUGUGGUAGAGUUUGAAUAAAGCUUCUUUCUGCUCUCCUACACAGGCAGGAGCAAGAGGCCCCUGGAGUCGCUGGCACUGGGAGCUUUGGAGCAUCAACGGUAACGAUGACCCCCUUGCUUCUGCUGUGUGUGUCCUUGCCCCUCAUAACAGCAACAAUAUCAUUUGAAGAUCACGAUGACUUGGAUGGCACAUUGCGUGUCAGCAUCCCUAUGGAGAUGCCUCUCCGGCCUCUGCUUGGAGGCAAGGUAGUGGUACCGUGUUACUUCCAGGACAACACCGCCAACGACCCCGGAGCCCCGACCAUCGCCCCCCUCUCUCAUCGCAUCAAAUGGUCCUAUGUCACCAAGGAGAAAGUCUCCACCAUCCUAGUGGCGUCAGAGGGGAAAGUUCAGGUGGACACAGAGUAUUUGGACAGAGUGACGAUGGUCAACUACCCCCUGGUGCCCACUGAUGCCACCAUGGAGAUAACAGAGCUGAGGUCCAAAGAUUCUGGCACCUACCGCUGCGAGGUGAUGCUCGGCAUCGAGGAUAACUACGACUCAGUGGACAUCCAGGUUCAGGGUAUUGUCUUCCACUACCGAGCCAUCUCCACCCGCUACACCCUGACGUUUGAGAAGGCCAAGGCAGCCUGUAUCCAGAACAGCGCCACCAUUGCCACUCCAGCCCAGCUCCAGGCUGCCUACGACGAUGGAUACCAUCAGUGUGAUGCCGGUUGGCUCUCUGAUCAAACUGUUAGGUACCCCAUCCAUGAGCCACGGGAGCGUUGCUAUGGAGACAAGGAGACCUUCCCAGGCGUGAGAACCUAUGGAGUGAGAGACGCCAACGAGACCUACGACGUGUACUGUUUUGCUGAGAAGAUGUCAGGCAGAGUCUUCUACUCCACAUCUGUAGAGAAGUUUACUUUCUACGAAGCAGGAGAUCAGUGUGCCAAACUCGGCGCCCGGCUCGCUACCACCGGAGAACUUUACCUGGCCUGGAAGGCCGGCAUGGAUGUGUGUAACGCUGGCUGGCUGGCAGACAGGAGCGUGCGUUACCCCAUUAACAUCGCCAGGCCUCAGUGUGGAGGGGGGCUUCUGGGAGUGAGAACAGUCUACUUGUUCCCCAACCAGACAGGAUACCCCUACCCAGACUCUCAGUACGAUGCUAUCUGCUUCCAAGCUGGUGAGGAUGAAGAUGUUGUACCUGCGAGGACCACCCCUUUCCCAGACAUCAUCCGCAUGACACCAGCUCCCGGGGUGUACCCAGAAAUCACUCCCUCACCUGGGGGUGAAGAGAUCAGGGGUGGAGACGUGGACACCCUCUCCCCACUGCCCGUCCCACCCAGUGUGACAGACACAUACACUAGAGUGACUCCUGUUGUGCGUGAGCCUGGACUCGAUCUGAUAGGCAUCGAUACCGCCAUGGCGCCCACAGGUGUGGUCUUCCACUACCGACCCAUCACUGGUCGGUACACUCUGACCUUUCUGGAGGCUCAGCAGGCCUGCAAGAGUAUUGGAGCGGUCAUUGCCAGCCCCCAGCAGCUGCAAGCAGCCUUUGAGAAAGGCCUGCAUCAAUGUGACGCCGGCUGGCUCCGUGACCAGACUGUCAGGUAUCCAAUCGUGUCACCCAGAGAUAACUGUGCAGGUAAUCUGCCACACCUUCCAGGAGUCAGGUCUUACGGCCUGAGACCAGCCAGCGAACGUUACGAUGUAUUUUGUUACGUGGAACGUCUCCAAGGUGAGGUCUUCUUCACCAGUGACUAUGACAGCUUUUCCUACGAGGAGGCUGUGCAGCACUGUCAGAACCUGAACACCACCCUGGCCACCCCCGGGCAGCUGUACGCUGCCUGGAACCAGGGACUUGACAAGUGCCGUCCAGGCUGGCUGAUGGACCGCAGUGUCCGUUACCCCAUCACAACCCCCAGGUCCCACUGUGGAGGCGGCCAGGUGGGGGUUCACAUCAUCUACGCCUACCCCAACCAGACAGGAUUCCCGGAUGAGCACUCACGCUAUGACGCGUACUGUUUCAAAGCUGAGAUUCCAGUUGUUCACAUUGAAAAUGAAACCAGUGUGAAUCUGACAAUAGUGACAGAAGAGGUUAUCAAUAAAACAAUCACCACAGUUGAUCAAGUUGCUCCCACUGUUGAAACUACUGUAGUCUACAAUGAAACUGAAAUCAGUGUAAACAUUACUGAAGUUUUUAUCAACAAGACGACGAUCACAAAACAGGAAGUUACUCCCACAGUGAUACCCACUUUACCCCCAGUCCCUGUUGACGUGUCAGGCUCUGGUUCAGCCGAUCAUUCAGCCAGCGGGGAGAUCUCAGGAGAGUCUGGCGUCUCCAGUACCAGUGGUGACAUCUCUGGCUCAGGACAGGACAUCACCUACAGUGGACACAUUGACAUCUUCUCCGGAGACCAGUCUGCUUCUGGAGGUCCCCAGGAGGCAGAGGGAGGAAGUGCUGUCAUCCUCACAUCUGGAGACCAGGGUAGCGCUUCUGGAUCUGGGGAGGGGAUUGAUGGACGACAUUCUGGCUUUGAGGUAUCAGGAUCAGGUUUUAUCAGCGGAAGUGGGGACAUCAGUGGUAGCAGUGGAGACUUGAUCAUCAUCAUGGUGGACGGAAAGAUGGUGGAGGUGUCGAAAACCCACAAACCUGAUGAGCAGUUGUUAGACAAGGAAGGCAUUGAGUCAAUCGAAUUAAGUGCAUCUGGAUCAGGAAUUCUGUCAGGGUCAGGUUCUGGUGAGUUUUCUGGCAUCUCAUUUGUCGACCACAGUGCCAUUGACCUGUCAGUUCAGCCAUCUGGUGAGCAGGAGGUGUCCGGAUAUCGUCCUUUUGGAUCUGGAUUCCACAGUGGCUUCCCCAGUGGUUUUCCAUCUGGUGUUUCGGGCAGCGGCUCUGCUUCUGGAGAUUCUUUCCAGCAACGUGGCGAUGUCAUCUAUGUAACAGAUGAUGAGAUGAUUGAAGUGACCAUGCCACCACUGGUACGCCACCCUGAGCAGGGUCGGGGGGUGGUGGAGGUGAGUGGAGCAGGAAGUGGGUCAGGCAUCCACCAUGAAUUCAGUGGCACUUUGGAGCAAAGCUUGCUUCUCUCUGGGAGCGGAGCCCCUCAUGAUAAACCCCUCAUUGAAAAACUUUCUGUCACCCUGCCGCCUGGAUCUACCAUGACCUACUCAGAGUACUUAGCCAGUCUUGGUCAAUCUGGACUUGGGGAGGAUGAACAGGAAGGCCACACAGUUCAUGUUGUGACUCCCGACACAGCCUACACCAGCCCAACCACAGCACCAUCAGUGUCAUUAGCAACCCCCUCUGUCGUGGAGAAGCCUGAGGUAGUAGAAGCCUCCGCAGACCCUUGUGAUCCGAACCCUUGUGGAUCAGGAUCCUGUUCUGUGCAGGGAGAGCUCGCUGUAUGUCAGUGUCCCAACGGCUUCACUGGUGAAGACUGCUCAACACCGGUGCAGGGCUGUGCUGAGGGCUGGCUUGAGUUCAUGGGCAACUGCUACCUUCACUUUGCGGAGAGAUACACCUGGUCUGAUGCUGAGCAACGCUGUCAGGAGCUCAAUGCUCACCUGGUCAGCAUCAGCUCCCAGGAGGAGCAGCAGUUUGUCAACUCCAAUGGUCAGGAUUACCAGUGGAUUGGACUCAAUGACAAAGAUGUGCAGAAUGAGUUCCGCUGGACAGACAGAAGUCCUCUGACCUUUGAGAACUGGAGGCCCAACCAGCCGGAUAACUACUUCAACUCUGAGGAGGAUUGUGUGGUGAUGAUCUGGCAUGAGGGCGGACAGUGGAAUGAUGUGCCCUGCAACUACCACCUUCCCUUCACCUGCAAGACUGGACCAGUCAUGUGUGGCGCUCCCCCUGAGGUGGAACAUGCCCGACCAAUGGGCAGCAGCAGAGAGCGCUACCCUGUCAACUCUAUAGUCCGCUACCAGUGUGAUGCAGGCUACACACAGCGCCACCUGCCGGUCAUACGCUGUAUGCCAGACGGACAGUGGGGGGAACCACAGGUGGAAUGUACAGAAGCCGGCACCAACAGUAACAGGCUACACAAAAGAUCCCUCAGGAGGAGAAGUAAAGGGUUCAGCAGCCAACGGGAACAGAGGAAGUUGCUCUGAGCAGGACUGAAAGGACAUACAACAGAGAGCCACAAAGGACCCCUCUUGUCAAGAAGCAUGGACACCAAUGCAAAUGCCUGACCAAAAAGAUAGCAUUCCCCUCUCAUGUAUACACAUACUAAAGCACAUUUAGACAGUGAUAGUGUAAUUGACUGACAUUUUGGAUGCUUGAGUGUCACUCUGCACCUUCUGAAGGAAGUUCCUCUAUGUAUUUAUAGCAUCUAAUUUAUAGCUGUGAUCCUGUAUUUGGAAGUAAGUAUCUCAGUGCCCAAGUUGAAAUUUUCUGCAAUCAGUUGCCAGCACUGCACACAAAGUAAGGUAAGAUUAAAAUCUGUUGUAACAGCGAUGAAAGGGUGACACGCAAAGUCCAAAACAGUCCAAUAAAAGUGUUUUCGAUUGCAGCUGGAUUCUCUGAAGUCAAACACAUUGUUACAUAGACUUUUGCUAUUUUUUUUAGGAUAUUUUUCUAGAUCUGUGUUUCUUAGCAUUUUUCAUUUCUUUUAUUUUGUCUUAGAUUACAACUGUGUGCUUCAGACUGGUGGAAAAAAACUGUUUCUUACAUUGUAGGCCAAGACAGUGAUUCUCAAGCUAUUUGGUUGUGACUCCUUAAAUUAGAGAAAUGAGUACAUGUUCCCGCUCUACAAUAUGGAGAAUGGUGACGUUGGGUCUUUGAGGCUCAGUAAUUCAAUGUGGCAUAAAAGAGGAAAAAUACAUUCUAAAUAUAUUUGUGCGAUAAAAGUAUUUUUAAAAAACCAUAAAGUAUCUUUCAGGAAACCCAAAUUAAAUCUUGUCACAACCUCAGGUUUGAGAACCACUGUGCAGCGACACCACCACAGUAUCAGAUAUACUGAAAUGAUUGUGCUGUUCCAUUUGAUGAUGCAUAGAAGUCCGAGUUCAAGACGUGAUUAAAGUCACUGCAACAAACCUGGAUUGAAAUAGUCAGCACUCAUGCACUUUUGGGAGAUUUCAGUCACGUUUGUGUUUAUCAUCUGAAUCCAGUGCACCUUAAACAGUAAAAAAAUAAAUAAUUAAAAAAAAAGAAAGAAAAGAAAAAUAAAACAACAACAAAAAAAAUCCUCAUCUGUAGCUGACACAUGACAAAGAAACUGUACCGAGUUAACAAGUGUAUGACUCUGAACUGGCUGGCUUUUUUUUUUUUUUUUUAGCCAGGAGGGGUCUCAAGGAUGGUGCAGAGCUCCACCUCAUUAGGGUCAUUUAAUGUAGCAAAAGAUGCACCUCCAGUUUUUUAUGUUGGGGUUUAAUAUUUGUGACUUCUCAAGAAUAAUCCAUGACCUCUGUCAGCUCCGUCUGAUGUGAGAAUCAUGCCUUUAUGCGAUUCAGUGUUUGCUGAAUGAUGAGUUUCUCACUGUAAAUGCUCUCACAAUUCUCUGAACAGCAGGAUCUGUCUAUAACUUACACAGAGCAGACAAUUUAAUUGUUUGAUUAAUUUAUCAUCAGCCUGUUUGUUGAUUUGUUAGUUUAUCUGUUAAGUCGCAGUCGAGAGUUAUCUAUCAAAUGGGCAUGACUGAUUUAACAGCCAGCUGUAGAGAAGACAACACACCUGGAUUUUCUAUUCAAGCCUUAGACAUCUUUGUGGCUGUGUUUCACGUGACAGGGUCUUACUGACGGAAAUGUACUUGAGAAAUAACACGAUUGUAGGGAAAAGAAGCUGUGAAAGCAGGCAAUUUAAAAAAAGAUAAGAAAGGAGAUGAAGGAGGUUGAGGUGUAAGAAGAGGUUAUAAAAUGCUGACCAUGACCUUUUUAAGGUCAAGAUUAACUUCAGCUCUGAGAGCAGAUUCUCGUGUCCACAUCUGACUUCUCGCAGAACAACUCACAAACACUGAAGCAGCAACUACACACACUUGCACAGUUAAACUGGUCUCAUGGACACACAAAAUUCAGUAAACAUACAACAGAAUAUUAUAGUGGAUGAGUGAGCCUGACAACGCCACAAAGCAAAAUGUAUUUUGUACGUUUUUCUUUUUUUGUUUACAAGUAAAUGAAUUAAUUAAAUUGCUGGAAUUUUUGACAGAAAAUGCUCAAAUUUCAGCACGAAGGCAACACAUGAGUGAUGAUGUGGAGAACAGUUGAAGAAAAUCAGUGAGCUAGAUAAAGAUAUGGGUCUAAGUCAGUGUUUGUGAAACUCCUGAUUCUUCAACAAACUGAAACAUCUAUUAACAGAUAAACCAAAACACGUGUAACGUUGCACACAGACAUCACUUCUGUUGUGACUUUGUUCAGAUCCCGAAUCCUGAUGUGAACAUACAGUAUACUUGUACUGUGCUGUACCAAAUAAAACUUGGAAUCAUC